CCGGUAGCCAAACGUCAACAGUGAGCUGUCAAUCCCUGUGAAGGUGGGCCUAAGUAGCUUCAGGAUUCCUUGAACCUGCAUGAGUAAAUAUCUACCUGGUAUCUACCGAUCAUCAUGAGUGACCCCUGGCAGGAGUGUAUGGACCACUGUGUGGAGGUCACCAAGAAGGCUGGAAAGAUGAUUCGUGAGGCGCUGCAAAAGGACAUCGCUGUCAUGCAGAAGAGCUCGCCGGUUGACCUGGUGACCGAGACGGACCAGAAAGUGGAGCAGCUCAUUAUAUCCUCCAUCAAGGAGAAGUACCCCACUCACAGUUUCAUCGGUGAGGAGUCUGUAGCAGCGGGAGCUCCCAGUAUUCUAACCGAUAAUCCCACCUGGAUCAUCGACCCCAUCGACGGCACCACUAACUUCGUUCACAGGUUCCCCUUUGUGUCUGUAUCAAUCGGCUUCACUGUGAAGAAAGAGAUAGAGUUUGGGAUCGUCUACAGCUGCAUUGAGGAUAAAAUGUACACAGCACGGAAAGGGAAAGGAGCUUUCUGCAACGGAGUCCCUAUCAAAGUGUCAGGACAGAAAGAUAUUAGCCAGUCUCUGGUUCUGACAGAAAUGGGAUUCAAGAAAGAUCCAGAGCAUUUUAAGACCAUGAUGGCCAACUUGAAGACCAUCCUCACCAUCCCUGUUCAUGGUAUCCGUUCCCCGGGCAGUGCAGCUGUCAACAUGUGCCUGGUCGCGUGCGGGUCGGCUGACGCUUACUAUCACAUGGGCAUCCACUGCUGGGACAUGGCCGGGGGUGCCGCGGUCGUUACUGAGGCUGGAGGAGUUAUCGUGGACAUUUCAGGUGGACCAUUUGAUCUGAUGUCUCGGAGGCUGAUCGUCGCCAGCAGCAGGGUGAUAGCAGAACGAAUCGCCAAGGAGAUAACUGAGUUUCAUGUUGGCAGGGACGACACAGAUGGCUAAUAAAUUUCCCAUCAUCCCCUCAGCAAACUUAAAAGGUUUUUAAACACGCAAAUGUUUUGCAUCUAACAGGUCGCAAUUCCGUCUUUGCCUUAAGAACCAGAAUAAUAAACGUACCUCUGAAGAACAGCGGGCAGGUUCAUUAUAAAUCCAGCACUCAGACUUUCAGCCUUCUCUCUGCUUUCUUUAUAAAUUAGUGUUGUUUGUCCUGAUGCACUUGUUUUAUGAUACAGCUGUAAUCACUCAUGUCUUUUAUUAUUUAUAUUUGUUGAUGUAUACACUGUAGUUGGAACAACACUGAUAAAUACCUCAGUUGAAAUAGAUUUAAAUGGUUCAUUUGCAAGUAUUUUUUCAUCCUUUUGAAUGUGAGAUUAUCAGGAUUUAUUGGCUUUUUUAUCACUUAUUUAGGAAAACAUUUCUUCAUAAAGUUUGAAAAGGCAUUGUAAAGCAACAGUAUGUAAGAAUUAAGCUUAGUGCCCUUUGGCUUACACCAAAGUACUCACACAUUGACAAUCAGUGGGUAGUGAAGCUGGCUAAAACUUCUGGUACUGAUAAGAAACCUUUGAUGGAGUAUCCUUAUAUAAUUGCAGGAGGAUAGAGAAUUAAAAGGUCAGUGAUAUAGCUGGGACAGAGACUGUUGAAAGCUUCACACGUGAUCAAUCAAAUCUAAAAAUCCAUCUUUAAAUGUACCUGCAGCCAAUGUAAAAAUGUUCAAACAGGCACAAUGUGCUCGCGCUUCUUAGUUCUGGUUAAAACCAUGGGAGCAGAAUUCUAUACUAGGGAUGCACAAUAAUUAUCAGUACUGAUAUAUAAUCGGCUAAUAUUGCAUAUGUUUUACAUAUUUAAACAUUCCGAAACAGCAGGUGGUGCCACAGUAUGUGGCCCACUGUUAAGCACCAGGGAAGAAGAGGAAGCAGCGUCAGUGCUAAGAGGCUAACAGCACACUGGGGAGGAUAAUGCCCGCUUCAGACUGGGAGCGUGUUUUGCUGCUUGCGUGUGUUCACGUGUCAGCUCCGGCUCCUGCCGGUGCGGCUUUCACACAGGGUGCAAGUUUGCUGCGUGUCAGCCACAUUUUCCUGCUCUCAAAGCCCUGUCCUUCUUCACGAGUUUUACCUGAAUAAACCCCCCUACAAACUUAUUGAUUCAGCGUAUUGAGGAAGUGUGUUGGGAACUAUUCAUAACAAAUGAAAUGAAAGGAGUCUCUCUACAGAAAUACUAAACCAGGCUUUUAAUUUGAAAAGCACAAACCAGAAAAGCACUCAUACAGUGUUGAUCUUUCCUGUGACAUAUUCUACCAGUGUGGAGACAUACAGCUUCACUGAUAGUUGCUCUUUAGAGAACAACUUCAUCAAACAGGUGCAUUUAAGCUUGUGGCCUUCCUCAGGGUUAUCAAGAAACACAUUGUAAACAUAUUCUAUGUGAAUAUUUGCCACAACGAUGUAAAUAUGGCUCUCCAUUUAUCAUUUUCCUUUCUAAUAUGGUCCACAGCCACACAUGGUGCGUGGAAAAAAUUGUUGAGACUUCGAAUCUCUCAACCCUCCGCACCUGAGCCAGGCAUAUCAGCCAUGCGAGACGCAGCGCACAUGCAGGCAGUCUGAAAGCCCUGACUUUUUAACAUGCAAUCACACCGAAAAUCCAUGCGUGUCAUGGUCGAGACGCGUGUGUCACGCUCCUUGUCUGAAACGGGCUUAAUACGACAGAGUUUGUAAAAUUUGCCCUGCAUAGAUCCCAAAAAGUGGAAAAAGUCCUUGAGUUUUAACACAACGGAUUCUAUAAGUCACUUAAAAGCCAUCAUCCUAACGACGAUAAAAUGAAGCGGCAGUAGCCGCUAGCCUUAGCGGCAUGCAUUAGGACCAAGCCAAAGGAUAAUACCAGGCAGAGGAUUCCUGAUUCAGCAGGAAAUAGAAACUGCAGAAAGUUUAAAACAUCAGCUGUGUGUAUCUUGUACUUUGGUACACAAAUGUUACCAAAAUGUAAAAAAAAAAAAAGUUAACCAAAAUAACAGUUACUAAGUCAGAAUUGUUCUUUGUUUUUUGAUGUAAACACAAGUGAUAUCAGAAUUCAUUAUAAAUAUCCGUAUUGGUUCAAAAAAAUACUUAUCAUGCAUUCUGUACCAUGUGUAGCCUCAGUGGUUUUAACAGGCAGGUACAGCUGAUUGUCAUCAGCAUUAAGAUGAAAUAAACCCCCAUGUCUUUGUAAAUGCUUCUCCAGGGGCGCAUACUACAGAGAAACUAAAAUUGUCCCAAAAUUGACCUCUGGGGCACACCGUACCUAGCUAUAAGAAAUGACAACAUGGUUGUUAGCUGCAACACCAAACCCUUUAUUUGUGAGGUUAAAAAACACUUUAAAACUACCUGAAAUCCCCACCCUGUUCCUCAGAAUGUUUAAAGGAGUUAAUGUUUUAAUCCCAUGUAUGAAGUCUUUUUCAAACAAAUUCCUGAACCCCAAAGUUUCACAGACUCCACCUGCGUAGAGAUUCCACUUGCAAAGCACACAUCAGAGCAAAUGGCUUACUUUCGAGUCAAUUAAUCAAUCUUUGUUUGUAUAGUGCUAUUUCAUAACUGAAGUUAUCUCAAGAGAGAAGCGAGAGGGCAGGUCCUCUGAUGUUAUUAUACAGACCAUCACUAAUCAUCAAGAGUUUAGCAAUAGCAGUAGUUUGCCCCACUACUGUGGCAAGAAAAACCUUCCCUUCCCUUUAAGAGGCAGAAGUCUCCCAAGCCCAAGUCCAUCUCUGGUGCAUGCCAGAAGUGCCACUCCACUCUGUGAAAGAGAAAAUAAUUCAUUCUAUGGACUCUGACCCCAUAAAAACAUGGUUUAAACAACUGUUGUUUCAAACAUUUGUGUCUCAUUUUGAAGUAUUUUUAUUUUAACAUUUUAUUAUCUGUAAUAUGUUUGUCUACUUGCGUUUUUAAACACCCAUCUGUCCCAGGCGAUCAGUUAUAGUUUCAUUAAUGAACUUAUUGCCAAUACUACCUGGUCAUUAUGUUCAGUAUGCUCUAACUUCGUGGGAGUCAUGCGUUUGCAUCUAUGCUGUUGAUGCAGGGUUGCAUAAGAGAUCAUCCUCCACCUUUAGCCUUGCCUGGUACUUGCAUUUGAUCAUUUGAUCAAAAACCUGCUGUUGCUCAGGCUGUCUUAGUGUUAAAGGCGCUAAAUGUCUUGGUUACCUUCAGUGACUAAAAUUACUUGUUAAAAAAAAAAAAAACAGGUUUGGUCACUGGACUUUUGCCUCAAUAUGACCUCAGGUUUUAAACAGCCUUAUGCUGACAUUAGCUUGUACAUCUUUCUUUAUUAAACCCUGUGGCUGUUGAGCAUCAUCAGUAUCAAUGCAGAAAAAUCUGAACUUUCAUGGUCAACUCUAGUAUAGUCUCUAUUGCAACUAUGUUUAAUUUGCACCAUGCACAGCAGACAUUAGCCUGCCUCGCAUUUUGAAACAAACGGUCCUAGAGGAUGGGUUGAGCCCCAUGCACAAAGGGUAAAACAUAAAAGCUCAAAAAAUAUAAUUUUUUUUUUUUCAAAAGUGUCUCUUCAUGUAGAAUAGGUCUAUCUUUACAGAAGAAAGAACAUGCAAAGGGUGUAGUUAACUUCACAAAUUAAACACAAUGCACAGACUCUCAUCUGUAAAUUUCAUCUCUUUAUAACCAUUACGGCCCAUCCUGUGGAAAUACCCAUGAGUCAUCAUUUGGUCAGAGGGUCACAGAGGAAACACAGUGCCAUGAUGAAGUAAAGUAUGUUUUUUAAAGGGAAAACCACAGAAUUUUAUCUGAAAUCAAACAUCCUUUCAAGCAAACAUCCAUCCAUCCUUUUUCUAUACCGCCUAUCCCAUUCAGGCGAGACACUGGGCACACCCCAGCCACCUCCAGUGGGCGAGGGCGUACAGCGUCAGUCAGGGCAAACCACUUUGCACCCAGAUCAUGGUGCAGGCGGAGUAUGUGGAAAUUGCGGGUUAGUUGAAGGCAGUCCAAAAACCUUAAAUGUGACAAAAAAGGUUUUAAAUACAAAAGGAAGAUUAAUCAGGAUUGAGGAUUUUAAUAGUUUAAAAGCCCUACUUAUAAAGAUAGUUAGUUGUUUAUAUGCGACAACAGUACCUCCAGUAACAGCUAGGGAUGCACGAUAUUAUCGGCCUGAUAUCGGUAUCGGCAAAUAUCAAAAUUUCUGCCAAUAUUUGCAUCCGAUAUUUUGGCCAUAGAUAUCAACAUAUAUUAGCUAUAAAAUUUGGCCAUAUAUACGAAUAAAUUAGUGGAGUUUUAGGCUGGACCAACAGACCAAUGUCGGUCGAGAUCUUUUCUGUAUUUAUCCUCAUUCUUCAAACUUAAAAAGUGUGUUUUAAGAAAAACUGUCUGUGUCUUUUUUCAUCCUCAAACCUCAAAUUAUAUUCUAAGAACUAAAUUUUUGGUUAUGUCAAAUAUAUUUAAAUAUCAGUAUCAAUAUCGGUAUCAGCUAAAAUGAAUCUAUAGAUAUCGGCAUAUCGGAUAUCGGCAAAAAUUCAAUAUCGUGCAUCCCUAGUAACAGCCUAAUGUUCCACUGCAUAUGUUAAAAAUAAAACCAGUAGGGAUGUUCACUCUGCUAAUGGAGUGCUGCCUUAACAUCAGCCAGCUCAGCGCUGCUCUUGCAGCAUACUGCUUUGUGAAACAUUUACUGUUUUCCACUCACUCCCUUUUAUUCUCUUCCCAGCUUUAUCGAUUACUGUCCUCUUUCAUCUUUUAGCCUCAGCCAUGGUAUCAAGAUGGGCUAACUGGCUUCUUUUUCGCCAUAGGCAGGCGUGUGAACUAAUGCUGCUAAGCCAUAUGUACUCCAGUCAGAGAACCGCCGCCUACUGCCAAGGUUAAGCUGUGUAAUGAGAUAGACUCCAUUCUUCCUGUUGAGUGAUCGUUCAAUCAUAUCUGCUUUAAAUCUACCAUCUUAAGGUGGAAAACGUACAUAUUGUUGCUUUAAUGCCAUCAGUAUUUGCACUAUAGUUAAAGGACACCAGGAACUGUACUAAUGCUUAUUUAUGCACUGUGUUUAAAAGGGUUUUAUUGGUUUUUAUUGUUUGUUUAAAGGAUGUAAUGAGAGCAGCAAAUAAAAAUGUCGCUACCAGUA